CUUUAGACAAUGAAUCUUCAAAUGAUGUCUCUGUUGAUGCAUUGCAAUCUCAGAUGAAUUUGAAAUGCUUACUUCCAUGUAAUGGUGAUUUUUUUCAUUUGAGGUGUUGUGCUCACAUACUUAAUCUUGUUGUGCAAGAUGGAUUAAAGGAUAUUGAUGUAUCAAUAGAAAAGAUUCGUGAUAGUGUUAAGUAUGUUAAGGGAUCACAACUAAGGAAGCAAAAGUUUUUGGAAUGUGUUAAGCUUGUAUUUACGGGUGGUGUUUGCAAGAGGAGAUUGUGUCAAGAUGUUGUUACUAGGUGGAACUCUACCUACCUUAUGUUGGAUAGUGCUUUAGUUUAUCGUCGUGCCUUUCAACAUUUAGCUUGGAGUGAUUCAAACUAUGAACAUUGUCCAUCUAAGGAUGAAUGGGAAAGAGUUGAGAAAGUUUGGAAGUUUCUGAAAGUUUUUUAUGAUGCAACUCUUGUUUUUUCUGGCUCAAAGUAUCCAACAGCCAAUUUGUACUUUCCAAACAUAAUUAAUUGGUACAUAACUUUAAAAAAGACUUUGGAAGGUGAAGAUGACUAUCUAAGGUGUAUGGCAAGUAAAAUGUGGGUUAAGUUUCAAAAGUAUUGGUCAGAUUUUAGUCCCAUUUUGACUAUAGCAGCUAUCUUAGAUCCUCGAUACAAGUUGGAAGUUGUAGAAUUUUGCUAUAUCAAGGCAUAUGGGGAAGAUUCUAAGGAAUUUAAAGUUUUAUAUGAAAAAUUAUUGUCUCUUUAUGAUGAGUACAAGGGUAAGAUUGACCCAAACACUUCAAUGGCUGCCAAGAACAAGAUGAAUGAAAUAAAGAAAAGAGAGACAUAUGCUAUGGAGGUUGACAAUGAACUUUUUCAGGAGUUUGAUAGUCUUUCAAGUGGAAAUCGUUCAAAUUUUGUCCAAAAGACACAGCUGCAACUUUAUUUAGAAGAUGAAAGAAUUUAUAGGAAUGAGGAGCUUGAUAUCUUGAGCUAUUGGAAGACACAUCAAUAUCAUUAUUCAGAACUUGCAGCGAUGGUUCGUGAUAUUUUGAGCAUUCCUAUCUCGACAGUGGCCUCAGAAUCUACAUUCAGUAUUGGUGGAAGAGUGCUUGACCAGUUUCGAAGUACACUUAAACCUGAUACAGUUCAAGACAUUUUGUGUACAAGAGAUUGGUUGUUUGGAGAUGAAGAUGGGGAGAAGGAAAUUGCACAGGAUUUGAAAGAUGUGAUUCAAAAUGUUGUGGAACUUAGCUAUGAUAACAAUUUAGAGUAGAUUUAACUAUUACUAUAUGCUAUAAGUAAUCUAGAAUGAGUAUUGAAUCAGCUAAAUCUUUUUUUUAUGCUGAUACUUAAUAUUUUGAAGGUGGUGAUGCCUAAUAUUUUUAGGGCGUUGAAUGUUGCUGUUAAUAUUUUGAGUAUGAUGAACAACUAACAUGGGGUUGUUAAUAU